AUGUAUGUUUCAAUCUUGAAACGAAAAAAUAAAGAUAUAACUCUAUUUUUUACAGCGAUCUUGUCAAAAUUACAACCAGCAUCGUCAAGCUCAUCAUCAACACCGACAUCAUCUUCAUCACCACCAGUAGAGUACACCCCAGCAACUACAGCAUACGAAACACCCGUAUACGGUUACCCGUACCCCGUACCUCAAGUGAUAUAUGUAGCACAACCUAUAGCUCCACCGCCACCCACGCCUCCCCCCAUAACCGUCUCAAAAACACCAUCACCAACUUCUUACUAUACCUAUGAACACCCACCACCUCCCGAACCUGUACCAUGUCCUUAUCCAAUCCCAAUAGCUCCAACCCCUUAUCCAUAUCCUCAUUACGCACCACCCGCUCCCCCACCUUAUUUGCCACCAACAAAUACUGAACAUCCUACACCAUGUGCACCUAGUCAUAAAGAUUACUAUUUUACUGAGUACUCCGCUCCGCCUGUGUGUACCCCUUACUCUCCGUCACCCCCGGUGUAUCCUCCAGCUCCAGCACCAUAUCCCCCACCAUACCCGCCAAAAGCUUAUGCCCCUCCACCUUACGCCCCGCCAGCUUACACCCCGCCAGCUUACAGCCCGCCAACUUACUCUACGCCAGUUUAUUCUCCAAUGUACGUACAAUCACCAACUUAUCCUCCACCACCUGUUUACAACCCACCUAGUACUAUAUACCCGCCACAUCCGUAA